AUGAUGGAGGACAGCCGGAAGUACGCAGGUGGCCACCCGCUCUCCGGACCAGAUCCAUCAAGUCCAACGAAAAGGGAUGUCAAACAUCGCUUCGAGAUCACAAAGAAGUUGGGCUCCGGUACUUAUGGAAAAGUUUCGCUGGCAUUCGAUCACAAAUUCGACCGUGAGGUAGCAGUAAAGCUGAUCAAGAAGAGCGCCAUCGAGAACAAGGCCGAUCUGGUUCGAAUACGUCGUGAGAUCCGGAUUAUGUCCGCUCUUCACCAUCCAAACAUCAUACAAAUAUUUGAGGUGUUCGAGAAUCGAGAAAAGAUCAUUUUGGUUAUGGAAUACGCAAGUGGUGGCGAACUUUACGACUAUGUUUCCCGUUUUGGGUCGUUGCCAGAAAGUGAAGCCAGACGCAUUUUUAGACAAAUUACCUCAGCCGUACUGUACUGUCAUAAGCAUCAAGUGGCUCAUAGGGAUCUAAAACUGGAAAAUAUCCUGCUCGACCAGGAUAACAACGCGAAGAUCGCUGAUUUCGGUCUCUCUAACUACUUUGGAACAAAGUCCCUUCUUACAACUUUCUGUGGCAGUCCACUGUACGCUUCUCCAGAGAUCAUCAAUGGCACCCCUUAUAAAGGCCCUGAGGUCGAUUGUUGGUCGCUGGGUAUUCUUCUCUACACACUCGUCUACGGUUCGAUGCCAUUCGAUGGACGGGAUUUCAACCGGAUGGUCCGACAAAUCAAGCGCGGCGCUUACUACGAACCGGACACUCCAUCAACAGCAUCGAUGCUGAUCCGCAACAUGCUGCGAGUGAAUCCGGAACGUCGGUGCUCUGACAUUCUUCGACCAUCGGCUAGCCAUUGUGGUUGA